GCGGCCCGCGGAGCCCCUCGCCUCGCAGCCAUGGCCCUUGUCCCUCGCCUCAUUCGCCGCUUCCGAGCCCUCGCCGCGGAGCUCCCAUUGCGUCGCAGUGCGCAUUCCGGUCUCAAUCACGCUCUCGCGCCCUACUUCUUUUGUUUUUUUAUUUAUUGCGCGCUCCUCUUCGUUUUGCUUCUCUAGGUGAAUCUCUUCUCCAUCGCUGCGUUGUAGCAGCAGAGAUUUCUCUUUUCUCUUUCCUACUCUUUGUCGACGCUUGAGCAGUUCCAGCCUCCGCCGGAAGCGUAUCGUGAUUGAGGUUGAUUUGGUAGCUUCUGCCUCGUCGGUUAAGGAAUAGUGCAUUUUUGAGUGUGCCUGUUCAUUGGGCACCUGCGCUCUUAAAUCGUUGAAAGUGUUUCCAAAUCGUCCCGUACAAUUUAUUCUUUUGGAGUGUCUUGAGUGGAUAUAGUAACCAAAAUGCGCAGGCUUCUUUGCUACCGAGCUUGUUCAAUUGAGGCUUUUGAGGGAGCUUUGAGAGAGCCAUGGGGGAACUUGGCAACUGGUGCACCUACGCACGACAUUGAAUUGGUUGCAGGGAUAUCACGUCAACUUGUUGUUUAGAUAGGUUAUUGUGCGGCGAGAAAAAGCAUGCACAUUGCUUGCCUUCCAUCAUUCAUUGUGGUUCAACAUUGAUACAAGCAGUGCUUAUCAUGGGGUUAACCGACGUUGAUGGUGGUUACGGGGGUUUAUAUGAUUCUAGCGACGUGUUUGGGGAUGAUACUUUUGCAGACAUUCACAAUUUGGACCACUGCAUUAAGUAUCUCAACCAGUCUUUAGUUACAUUUGGCUUUCCAUCAGGACUAGAUCUUUACUCCAGUGAACCAUCUUCAAUCGUGCGAACAUGCAACUGCAUAUAUGCCAUGAUUCAGCAGCGACAGCGGGACAUCGAAUAUCGUGAAGCAGCCAAUGACUCGAGGCAAAGGCUAAUGUCAGAUAUGUCCCGGCUUGAAGCUAAGGUGGAAAGGCUUACUGAUCAGCUGGCAAGUAAAGAACGUGAAUUGCAAGCAAUCACAAGCAAGGAGCAAAAAGCGGCAGCUACUAGCAGAGCUCAAAUUGAGAAGCUCCAGCAUGAGAAAGAUGAGUUUCAAAGGAUGGUGAUUAGUACACAGCAAGUUAAAGCUCAGCAGAUGCAUGAACUGAAGAAGAAAGAGAAAGAGUAUAUCAAGUUGCAGGAACGGUUGAAUCAAGUAUUAAUCGAAAAGAAGAAAGAUUCUAAGAAUGGUAUUGAGAUCAUGAAUUUAUUACAGAAAGAGGGCAGGCAACGGGGGACUUGGAACACCAAGAAAGCAGAUGGUGAUUUCUAUAAGAUGAUAGUGGAUGCUUAUGAAACAAAGAAGCAAGAUCUUGUGGCUGAAAAUUUGGAAUUGCGGGGUUUGCUUCGAUCUAUGCAGGAUGACAUGCGUGAUUUUUUGAACACCCCGAGUGGGCUGAUUAGACCUGGCACUGGAGUAAGCUCUCACGAACAUGAACCACCUGCCACACCCCUGGGAGGCCGAACGGAUGUAUUCGACCUACCUUUUCAUAUGGCGAGAGAUCAGAUUGGAGAAAGCUUACGUGCUAAAAUGUCUACCAUUAAAGAACGAAUGAUGCAGCUGCAAGAAAGUCAAAAGUUACUUGAUGCAGGAAGAGAAACUAGUGAGCGCGAGCAAGCUCUUGAGGCGCAGCUUCUAGAGGCCCGCAGCAUUAUUUCUGAACAGGCUAGUCUAAUGAACAAACACAUGUCGGAGGAGGAUGACAGCAGGUACAAUGGUUUUGUGCUUGUUCCUGAAAGUCACGUCAUUGCAAAGUUAAUGGAGUCGGAAAAUAAAGCAAGUACUGCACAGGGCGAAGAGGAGCGAAUAUCAAAGAUAAAGACAUUUGACGGGACAAUUUUAUCCAAGACCAACUGUGUAGAGUAUAAUAACAUCACAGUAAUCACUAAUGAUGAUGUAAGGGUUAGGGAUGCCUAUUUUCUUCAUCGGAGGACACUUCCAAAUGGAGGUCUUAGAGCCCAUCCUGAUCGAUUGUGCGCAGACCAAGAGUGGAGAGUAUGGGAGCAUUAGAGUAGUCACUAAUGAUAAUUUAAGCGUUAGGGAUGCCUAUUUUCUUCAUCGGAGGACACUUCCAAAUAGAGGUAUUCGAGCCCAUCGGGUACCACUUGUGCCCACGGGAUACCAGUAGCAUCACUGGUAUUGACCGAUGUCUCCACGGCUCGUGAAGACUUGUUGCGAUCUAACAAACAGUUCUUAUUUUGGAUCUACUAAGGGUGAGUAUAAUUGGGUCGCGGCUGUGAGGAAACUGUUACUCCUUUUUCCGAAGAUGACGAUUCUACGAACACAAUGGUACAUUUAUGUCAAUGACCUGUGAAGGGUAUGUAAAUUUAGAACUAUGUAGACUGGGUAUUAUUUGGAGCGCGUCGAGGAGCGAUUGUGAUACAACCGCUAAGAAGUUCCUCACCCGGUCCUUUGCAUCAUCAAAGUCUUGGUUUGAUAUUAUUCUCCAGUUCAUACAAGAAUCUGGUAUCGUCUUUCUUUA